AUUUUUCAAUAAAUUUUGCAUUCAAAUCGAACUGUUAAGUUAGUGUUGUUGUUUUUUUCUUCAUUAUUUUGGUUUGUUGAUCCUAUAUUGUGCAUUUAAAGAAGCAUUAUGAUUUCGAUUAAUUCUUUCGUUGUAUUAUUAAUUACAUUAUUCGUAUUGCCAACAAAAAUUGUUUAUUCUCAAGAAGAUGAACUAAUAGUUGCUAAAAUUUCCUAUUGGAAUUUGAAAAAAGUUGUUAACAAUUUUAAAGCUGUUAUUGUUAAAUUUGAUGAAAGCUAUUCGGUGGAUCCGGAAAAAGAUGCAGUGUUUAAAACACUUGCAGAGGAAUUACGUUCCAGUAUGGAUAUAUUCGUUGGACAUCUUGUCAUACCAUAUCCAGGUAAUGAUGGUGAAUUGGCAGAAGAAGAAAAACUAGCCAAACAGUAUAAUAUUACUAGUCAUGAAGAUAUGCCUGUCAUAUUUCUGUAUCGACAGAAUAAUUUCGAAAAUCAAAUACGUUUUAAUGAAAAAAAAUUCGAUUCAUAUUCAUUACGUGAUUUUAUUCGAACCAAUGUUCCUGGAUUAUCAUUACAAUUAGAUUCUUAUAUUCCAGAGUUGGAAAAUCUUGUCAAAGAUUUUAUUACGGAUAAAUCACCUGAAAAACGUAAAAAAAUAUUGAAAGAAACCGAAAAACAGGUGAAUGGUAUGAAUGAUAAUAAAAAAGAAUCGGCAAAAAUUUAUGUUAAAAUAAUGAAACGAAUUCUUGAACGUGGAGAUAUAUUUAUUGAAAGUGAAUUUGAACGAAUUCGUAACCUGAUGAAUAGAAAAUUAUCCCAAACAAAAAAAAAUAUUCUAAAAAGUCAUUUGAAUAUUGUGUACGCUUUUCGUUCAUUAAACACAAUGAAUAUUAGAAAAGAUGAAUUGUAAAAUUUACAACAAAAAAAAUGAA